UCCAUUCCACCUCCACCUCAAUUAUGUAGUGGUACUUUACUGUACAUUCAAACUUGUGUGUAUUAUCAGAUCCUCAUAUAAAAGUAUCAGAGUUUUCCGCUUAGGAUACGUGACAUGAAUUGCGCAAAGAAACUUAUUUUAAGCAGAAAGGUUAUGUUACUAUUUGAAAUACGUGCACCUAAACUUGAGUACGAAAUAACUGGUGCCUGUUUCAGACCACAUUUUCGGUAUUUCCACAGAGAGAACAGAUUAAAUCGAAUGGCGGAUGGUGAAGAUGGAAAUACCGUGAAAUAUAGUGCUCUGCGAGCUAUGAAAAUCACGACUGGGGCAACGGAUGAUACGAAACGUAGAAAUAUCGAAGACAGUGACGACCCGGAUUCAUUUUUUUCUAUUACAGAAGGUUUAUCGAAACUACCGAGCACAGAAGAGGACGAAUAUCGUGUGAAAGCGUUGCUUAAUGAAAUUUUAACUUUGCGUAACACCAAUAUCAGUAGCUGGAUUAUUGAGAGUAAAGUAAAAAACUUGUGUGCAGCCUACAAAUGUCUUCUGAAGCCUCACAGACAUGGCUUUCUCAAAGCAUUGUCUACCGAGCAUUCUGUAGAUCAUACAGCAGUCAGAAAAGCAGCAGAAUGUUUACCAAGUUCAGAGACUUCAUGCGACACUGCACAGAUUCUGAAGGCAGAGGAAAGAUUAAGAAACUUCUUGACACCACCCUACUCCUGGCUUUUCACACAUGUGAGUCGGCUCGAAACAGGUGUCAAAUUUUUGGUUGACUUGCGUACCGAUAUCUUGUCACUUAUUUCUGAGACCGAAGUGGGGAAUCCUUUGCUCCCAUCACUCCAACAGCUGAACAUCACACUGAAAGAAAUGCUUGCUCUAUGGUUCUCUGUAGGAUUUCUCAAACUUGAGAGAAUUACAUGGAGAUCACCAUGUGAAAUGUUGCAGAAGAUCUCUGAAUAUGAAGCAGUACAUCCAGUUAGGAGCUGGACUGAUCUGAAAAGAAGAGUUGGCCCCUAUAGGAGGUGUUUCGUGUACACCCACACAAGCAUGCCAUUUGAGCCAAUAGUUGUCCUGCACACAGCACUGAGUGACAACAUAGCAAGUAGUAUGCGUGGUAUUGUGUCUGCUGCUGCACGCAUGUCAAUUGACGCCUCAGCUUCAGCAACUGGAAUUGGGCAUACAGAAUGUGAAGAUCCUUCAUCUAUAAAAGCAGCUAUAUUUUACUCUAUAACAUCAACUCAAAAAGGAUUACAGGGUAUUGAAUUAGGAAAUUAUUUGAUCAAGAGAGUUGUACAAGAAGUCCAAGCAGAAUUUCCACAGGUGACAAAAUUUUCAACACUUUCUCCAAUUCCAACAUUUCGUCUAUGGUUCUUGGAAAAGCUUAAGUCUGAAGAAAAAGGUAGUGGGCCCUCAACUAUUUUCACACCUUCUGAAAUUGAGGAGCUACGAUCACAUUUGAAAUGUGAGAACAUAUGGGAAGAACUGAGAAACAUUUGCAAAACAGGUGGAUGGAUGAACAAUCACGCAUUAGUUGAGAUGAUGGAAGCUCCACUCAUGCGUAAUUGUGCUCGUUAUUUGUAUUUGGAAAAAAGACGAGGGUAUGCAUUUGAUAGUGUUGCAAAUUUCCAUCUCCGAAAUGGGGCUGUAAUGUGGCGUCUUAAUUGGAGAGCUGACUUAACUGCUCGCGGUUUAAAUAAUUCCUAUGGAAUGAUGGUUAAUUACAGGUAUUUUCUAGAUGAAACUGAAACAAAUCAUCGAAACUAUCAAGAAAAGCAAUACAUUGCAGCCUCGGAGCAAAUUAGCAAACUCGCAACAGCAGCUGCGGAACUAGUCUCACUUCCAUCAAAAAUAUAAUUACCAUUGAUAUAUGGUUAAAAUGUUUCCAGUCCAUUUGUUAUCAUUACAUGCGAAUAUGCUUGACUGUGCAGUUCUGUCUUUGACUAGCGUGUAAAUAAUGGAAAGUUGUGAUUUGAAAUAGUUUUGGAAACAAGUGAAAAUUAAACUGUUCAUUGUUUUAUUACUAUUA